AUGGGCAGAGCCCGCUCCCCCACGCCAACCAACUCCGACCGAAAACCCACCCGAGUAGGGCCAUUCUUCCCACUCCGUACAUCGUCGACUGAAUCCCUCUUUCCAGGCGAUUUUGAUUUGUUCACUAUAAGCGCAGAAUGGGAAUCAUUGACAGGGCAGACAGCAUUUGUGUUCGUGGUAACGAGCUUCCACUAUCAUCUGUUGUUAAUAAGGAUGGUUCUCGCAGAACAGUUUGUCGAAAUCUUCGUUAGGCCUGCUGUUGGAGUGCUAAUCAAUACCCUGAUGCAGGCGAGUUGGAUCUGGUCACCCAAUGGGCGUGCUGCGAAUAGAAGAGCGGUCCUUGUGUGGAGCGCUGCAACGAACCCCUACACAUGUCGUCUGACCGCCCCAGGAAGCACCAUCAUAGCUAAAUUUUACCCUGUAGUGGCUAUGCGAAAACGGAAUGAACCAGCGCCCCUCGCCCAGCUAGAAGUUUUUCCAUCAGGGCAAAAGCACUUCGAUGACAUACUUUUGUCACUUCUUGUCGUUGAGCGAAAACGUCUCACUCCGAGUUCGGUUUGUAUGGCGUCUAAUGCUGGAUAA